GCGCGGGCGCGGCCCAAGAUGGCGGCGGGCGGGGGCGCGGCGGGCGGGCUCGGGGCGCCGGGGCCCGAGGGCGCGGAGCCCGCCCAGGAACCUGCUGCCGCCGAACCGCCGGCUGCCCCCGAGCCAGGCGCUGCUGACUCCGAGGCCGGGGGGGACGCUGCCCUGGCCGAUGUCAGCACAGCUCUGGAGACAGAGGCUGCCCACGGGAAGGACCCCCUGGAGGCUGCUGGGGACAACUCGGAGGCCGUGGAUGCCCAGGCAGGCUCUGUGGAUGAGGAGAAUGGGAGGCAGCUGGGAGAGAUCGAGCUGCAGUGUGGGAUUUGCACCAAGUGGUUCACAGCUGACACCUUUGGCAUCGACACCACGUCAUGUCUGCCCUUCAUGACCAACUACAGUUUCCAUUGCAAUGUUUGCCAUCACAGUGGGAACACCUAUUUCUUAAGAAAACAAGCAAAUCUGAAGGAAAUGUGCCUUAGUGCUCUGGCCAACCUGACGUGGCAGUCGAGGACACAAGAUGAGCACCCAAAAACCAUGUUCUCAAAAGAUAAGGAUAUUAUUCCAUUUAUUGACAAAUACUGGGAGUGCAUGACAACACGACAGAGACCUGGGAAAAUGACUUGGCCCAACAAUAUUGUCAAAACUAUGUGUAAAGAAAGAGAUGUCUUCUUGGUGAAAGAGCACCCGGACCCAGGGAGUAAAGACCCAGAAGAAGAUUACCCCAAGUUUGGACUUGUAGACCAAGAUCUUGCCAACAUCGGCCCCGCCUACGACAACCAGAAGCAGAGCAGCGCCGUGGCCAGCAGCGGCAGCAUGAACGGUGGAGCCUCUUUGGGAGGGGGAAUGGCUGCGGGAGGCAGCGGGAAGGGCCGGGGAGCCAAGCGCAAGCAGCAGGACGGAGGGACCACGGGAGCAGCCAAGAAAACCAGGAGUGACCCGCUGUUCUCGGCUCAGCGCCUGCCCCCUCACGGCUACCCCCUGGAGCAUCCCUUCAACAAGGAUGGGUACAGGUACAUCCUGGCUGAGCCUGACCCCCAUGCACCCGACCCUGAGAAGCUGGAGCUGGACUGCUGGGCAGGGAAGCCCAUUCCUGGGGACCUCUACAGGGCCUGCCUCUACGAACGAGUCCUCCUGGCGCUGCACGACCGAGCUCCUCAGCUGAAGAUCUCUGAUGACAGACUGACAGUCGUGGGUGAGAAGGGCUACUCCAUGGUACGAGCCUCGCACGGCGUGCGGAAGGGAGCGUGGUACUUCGAGAUAUCCAUGGAUGAGAUGCCUCCAGACACAGCUGCCAGGUUGGGCUGGUCACAGCCCCUAGGGAACCUCCAGGCUCCUCUGGGAUAUGACAAGUUCAGCUACUCCUGGCGCAGCAAAAAGGGAACCAGGUUUCACCAGUCCAUAGGGAAGCACUAUUCAUCUGGCUAUGGACAGGGGGAUGUUCUGGGGUUUUACAUCAGCCUGCCAGAAGAUACUGAGACUGCCAAAUCACUGCCUGACACGUACAAAGACAAGGCUUUGAUCAAAUUCAAAAGCUACUUGUACUUUGAAGAGAAGGACUUUGUGGACAAAGCAGAGAAGGGCCUGAAGCAAGCACCUGGAAGCCAGAUAAUAUUCUUCAAGAAUGGAGUCAGCCAAGGAAUUGCCUUUAAAGACAUCUUUGAAGGAGUUUAUUUUCCUGCCAUUUCCUUGUACAAAGGCUGCACAGUUUCUAUAAACUUUGGGCCAUACUUUAAGUAUCCACCUAGAGACAUCACCUACCACCCGAUGAGUGACAUGGGCUGGGGGGCUGUGGUGGAGCACACCCUGGCAGAUGUCCUGUACCACGUGGAGACAGAAGUGGAUGGAAGGAGGAGCCCACCCUGGGAGCCAUAACAACACUGACACUGUGGGUAGCCAGUCCAGAGUUUUUAUUCCAGAGGAAACACCCUUCCCUCAGAGCCAUCAGCCCACGAGUGAACAAAGCUGGAGCCAGUGCAGGUGUUUGUACAUUUGGUACCUGCUGAAGAGUCCCACUCUGCUGGAGUCAUGGGAGUGCAGUUUAGUCUGUCUUGUGCUGUGGGCAUCUCGUGGAGCCUGCAGGAGCUCUUGCAGUGUAGAGAGCUGAAGCAGCAGGUGUUGUGUUGAGCUCAUGUCCCAUGUGCUGUGACAGUCAUUUGUUUAGUGGGAGCAGGUGGAGCUCCUGCUGCCUGUACAUGUUCAGCAGCAACACUGACACUUCUCAACUGUAUCCAGCAGCUUCCAUCUGGGAUGUAACAAGACUCUGCAUGUGAGACUUGGACAGCAGCCCAACUGUAUUUUAUUUUUUAUUUCCCAACAAACUGGAAACCAGUUUAAAAAUAAAGGCUUUAACUCUUGGA